AUGAAGGAUACCGUGAAGCCGUUUCUGACCCAUCACGAGGAUCUCGUUUUGGACGUCAAGUACGAUUAUUACGGGCGCCAAUUGGCCACCUGUUCUGCGGACCAGCAUGUCAAGGUGUUUGACCUUGACCCAGAGACCUCAUCGUGGACGCUGAACGACUCCUGGAAAGCGCACAAUUCUACCAUCGUCAAGGUCGAUUUUGCCAACCCGGAGUUUGGCCACUUGUUGCUGUCGAUUUCGUACGACAGAACGCUGAAAAUCUGGGAAGAGAAGUUCGACGAGCCAGCAGGCUCUGGUCGCAGAUGGCGAAAGCUGUGCACAAUUGCAGAUUCGCACGGGCCUCUUUACGACGCCUGUUUCGCGCCUGCCCAUUUGGGGCUGGUUGUGGGAACUAUUGGGUCGGACGGGAAGCUGCGAAUCUAUUCGUCAUUAGACCCCUCGAAUCUCAAGACAUGGACUCUGGUUCACGAGAUAAACGUUCUACACUCGUCUGUGGCGUCGCAUUUGCAGAGCGACUUCUCGCUGUGUUGGUGUCCGUCCCGGUUUUCCGGUGAAAAGCUCGUGGUGAGUGCAUUGGAUCAAGCUUACAUAUAUUACAAAGACGAAUCGGACAACAAGUUCAAGCAGGGCGUGGUGCUUCCCGAGCACAACGGGCUGAUCCGGUCUGUUUCGUGGGCCCCAUCCAUGGGGCGGUCGUACCACCUGAUUGCAACGGCGUGCAAAGACGGGUUCAUGCGGAUAUUCAAGCUGGUGGAAAAACGCGGCAACGAGUUCGAGAUCGAGCUGUUGGCCUCGUUCAACGAUCACAAGGGAGAGGUCUGGAAAGUGAGCUGGAACCUCACGGGGACGGUUUUGAGCAGCUGUGGCGACGACGGAUCCAUCAGACUGUACAAGUCCAAUUAUGCCAACAAUUUCCAAUGUAUGAGUGUGAUUAGUGCGCAGCCCAGAUAA